UUGAGCGAGACAAAGAACGAUCUAGUCCAGCUGAUUCGACCAAGAUAGGUCUCUGCUGCAUGUAAACUCUCGACAUAGCUAGGCGUCAGGAUCCCAGACUGACUGCGGAGGUUUAAACUCCUGGGACGCGAAUGAAGAAACUUCUCCUGCUUCACUUCACAUACAGAGGUUUAGUGAGAAAAGGGAAAAAGAGUAAAAGAAGAAAAUGGACCGUUUUAAAUUGCGGAAAGCGGAACCCCAAGAUGUGCCUGACAUACUGCGACUCAUAAAGGAACUGGCUAAAUAUGAAGAAAUGGAAGAUCAAGUAAUACUGACUGAGAAAGAUCUGCUCGAGGAUGGAUUCGGUGACCACCCAUUUUAUCACUGCGUGGUGGCAGAAGUUCCCAGUGAGCAGCAGAACAGCAACAACAACGGUUCUGUGGUGAUUGGGUUUGCCAUGUACUACUUCACCUAUGAUCCUUGGAUUGGCAAGUUGCUUUACCUGGAGGACUUCUUUGUCAUGAAAGAGUACAGAGGGUUUGGCAUCGGCUCGGAGAUCCUCAAGCUCCUCAGUCUUGUGAGUAAUACGGCAGUGAAGACUCGCUGUAGCAGCAUGCACUUCAUCGUCGCCGAGGGCAACCAGGCGUCGAUAGAGUUCUACAAGCGUCGUGGUGCCGCCGACCUCUCGCUGGAGGAGGGGUGGCGACUCUUUAAGAUCGACAAGAGCUCCCUCCUGAAGAUGUCCUCCGGCCCGGAAGAGUGAGCUGGCCCCAGGACGGAAAGCUUGUGGGGGUGGGCGAGAGAUUUUUGGGGAGGGCAGGCUUGUGGUAAAUUGCAAUUUAAAGUCAGUUAUUCCUUUGCUUCGCUCUCACUUCUGAACGUAGAUUAUUAUAAAAAAAAAAAGGGCAUUAUCAUAGCUACAUGCACAAACAUUAUCAAUGUGGUUAAACAUGGAAUUAUUUUUUUAGUUCAAGUGUUUUAUCUAAAGCCUCUAGCAGUAAACGCUGUUUUAGACCUUGUUGACCAGUCUUGUCCUAUAAAUCAGUUACAUGUUGUCUCUGUCGUUUUAAAUGUUUAUAAUUCUGGUGCAAUUAAAGGGUUCAGAGCACAU